AUGAAUAAGGACUACUUAGACAGUGCUGUGAUCAGGAAACGCGGGCGACCUGCUGGAAAAAGACGCAUGCCGCUCAGCAGAGAACAAAGGAAGGCACGCAACGCCCAAUAUGAGAGAGAGAGGCGGAACGUAAUCGCGGAGGCAACAUGUGAACUGGCUGAGGCGGCCGGCUGUGAUCAAUCUGUAUCCGUCGCGACUCUUCUAACUUCGGUGUUGGACCUAUUCGAGAGUAGCGCAAAAAGAGAUCCAUCUGAUAGCAUAGAAGCUAUGAAGCAGGAAAACGAGGAUAUUCAGAAGGAGAGUGAG